GCGGGGUGGAGUGGGGGCGUUACGGAGGGGCAUUGGGGUAUCCGUUCGGGCGGCCUGUAGGUGUCUAGAAAGGCCCCCUCGGAGAAGCCAAGCCGGGGUGUUGCCGCCGCCACUGCCGCCGCCAUGUUUGGUUGCUUGGUUGCGGGGAGGCUGGUUCAAACGGUGGCACAGCAAGUGGCAGAGGACAAGUUUGUAUUUGAUUUGCCUGACUAUGAGAGCAUCAAUCAUGUGGUGGUCUUCAUGCUGGGGACCGUUCCCUUCCCAGAGGGUAUGGGCGGAUCGGUCUACUUCUGCUAUCCUGAUGAGAAUGGUGUGGCCGUGUGGCAGCUUCUUGGAUUUGUCACAAAUGAAAAACCAAGUGCCAUCUUUAAAAUUUCUGGUCUAAAAUCUGGUAAAGGCAGUCAGCAUCCGUUUGGAGCCAUGACUAUCCCCCAAAUGCCAUCUGUGGCCCAAAUUGGGAUUUCUGUGGAGCUUUUGGAACUCUUGGCCCAACAGACUCCUGUAGCAAGUGCUGCUGUAUCAUCAGUCAAUUCAUUCACAGAGUUCACUCAAAAGAUGUUAGACAAUUUUUAUAACUUCGCUUCAUCCUUUGCUGUUACUCAGGCCCAAAUGACACCCAACCCAUCAGAAGCUUUUAUUCCUGCAAAUGUAGUUCUGAAAUGGUAUGAGAAUUUCCAAAGACGGCUAACUCAAAACCCUUUUUUUUGGAAAACAUAAUCCUGAGUCAGUUUCUUGGAAAUUCACUCUAGCAACCAGACAGAGCUUAAAAGAUGCAAUACACCGAGCCUGCUGAAGACCAUCUGGAUGAAUGAAUAAGUUUGAGAUGAAGGGAGAAAAAAACCUCAGCUUUUGUAAUACUUCUGGGACUUCAUUUAAAAUUAAAACGUAAAGAGUAGUCAUUGCAGCGUGUCAUGUUUUCAAAGUUAAAAACUGUGAACAUAGAAAUCUAUGACGUGAACAGAAAACAUGGUCAACGCUAUUAACAAGCAUAAAGCUUUUGAUUUGAUUUUUCUUUCAUGCUUAGAGACUGAUGUUGUGCAACAUGUUUGCUUCUAAAAGUUUGUUAGUAGCUUGUAUAACUUCUAAAUGUCCUGUUCAGUUAAUUCUGCCUUAUCAGUAGUUGAUUUGAUUACUUUGGUUUUCAUGUUCAAAACGAAUAGUUUCAUCAGUAGCCAUGACAAAAAUCAUAUACUUCUGACUGUAUUCCUGAUUAAUUCUGUCUGUGUACUUCUUUAGCCUAGAGAGAUGGGGACAAUGGGACAUUUAUUACUGUCUUUCUUUGGGCGUGCUCUGAAGGAUUGUCCCAUGAACUGUUUCCAACUUAAGGUUGUAGAAAGUUGCAGUUGUUGACCAGGAUUUCUCCAAGCCUAUUUUGUAUAAUGCAGAAGCCUUAUGUAUAGUGACUAUUGAUUCAUUUUUUGAGGGCAACUAAGAGCUACCUCUAAAAUGCAGUGUGCACAUUCUUUGGGGAGAGGGCAGUCAAGAGCCACCUGCAAAAUGCCUCUUGAUUGUGGAGAGAACAAAUAGGGAAUCUGACCCCUUCAAAAAGGUCAAUCUGUCUCUUGAAAAGUGAAAGCAGAUUCUAGUUGGUUAUCCAUAGGUCUGGCCCAGCAUCUUAAAAGCUGUCUUGGGACCAGUGGCGGGGAGGAGGAGAUCAACAGCAAAAGACUAGAUACUUUCCCACUUUUUAUAAGCCUUGGAAAAAUUUGUUCCAGCCCCAUUGUCAAACCAAUUUCCUAUUCUGUCUUGUGCUAUGCUCAUUACCACUUAAGUUUUUAGUUUGUAUGGUCUGUGAAGAAUGCAUUUCUGAAUUCUGAGCAUUAGGUUCAGCUGCUUCCAAGUUUUCCUCAGUUUUGCCUUGGGAGUAUCAGUGAAACCUUGCUGUUUUUCUCUUGAAAAGCUUGGAUUCUCAUUCUC